UUAAACACAUUCAACACAACACUGUGGGACUUUAAAACAAUGAGAGUCUAAAAUAACAGAUGCAUUGACCUGGAGGUCCUUGUAUCCUGUCUUAUGUGGCAGUACAUACAGUUUCCUCUCAAUAUAAACUGACACUUAUUCUCCUUAAAACAUUAGGAGAGCUACAAAUUGAUCAUAGAUUUAAAAAAUUGUAGCUUUGUCAAGGUAGUCUUAUCAUUUGCUCUAAAUUUAUAACAAAAGACACGAGGAUGAAAUGACUAGAAUUCUGUGAGACUGGAAAUAAAGCAGGUCACGUGGUCCCAGAACGUGAUCAGGUUCAAAGUUGAAAGUCAAGCAGCACUGCGACUAAGCGGCAUGGCGGCGCUGCUGGGACGUGUGGCCCUCCUCCAGGCCUUCCAAGCGCGGACAGCGGCUCGGAACGGCUCGUGCAGAUCGGCAGCUGCACUUUUCUGCUUCAGACACUCCGGUAAAGUGUCGGGCGGACCCGGAGCACCCACACGACCGUACAGCUCCGACCUGAAGGAUGACCUGCGCGUCAGGUACCUGGACGGAGACGACGCUGGUAUCGUUGUUAUUGGGAUGAACCGUCCCAAAGCCAAAAAUGCCAUCAGCAGAAAUCUUGUCAACAUGAUGUUUGACGCUGUGGAGGACAUCAAGAAGAAUAACAAAGUGCGCAGUGUCAUCAUUUGCAGUUUGGUUCCUGGUAUCUUCUGUGCAGGUGCAGACCUGAAGGAGAGAGCCAAAAUGGAAAAGAGUGAAGUGGGUGCGUUUGUAUCAAAAGCAAGAGGCCUCAUCACAGAGCUGGGUAACCUGCCAGUACCAACAAUUGCUGCUAUUGAUGGAGCUGCCUUAGGAGGAGGCCUGGAAAUGGCCCUUGCUUGUGACAUCAGAAUUUCCUCAAAUACAGCGAAAAUGGGACUUGUUGAGACUAGACUCGCAAUUAUUCCUGGAGGCGGUGGCACACAGCGUCUCCCUAGGGUGAUUGGUGUGUCUCUUGCUAAGGAGCUCAUUUUUGCUGCCCGGGUAGUGGAUGGAACAGAGGCUUACCGCCUGAAACUUGUCAGUCAUUCUGUGGAACAGAAUAAAAGUGGCGAUGCUGCCUACCUACGGGCUUUAGAACUUGCCCGUGAGAUCAACCCUCAGGGUCCAAUUGCAAUAAGGAUGGCAAAAUUGGCUGUCAACCAGGGGAUAGAGGUGGAUUUAGCUACGGGUCUGGCAAUUGAAGAGGCAUGCUAUGCCCAGGUGAUACCAACUAAAGAUCGACUGGAAGGUUUGGCUGCCUUCAAGGAGAAGAGACGUCCUCACUACAAGGGGGAGUGAGGUCAUAAUCAUUCCUUAAAACAAUCAAAGUUCUGCCUUCAGGUCUUCUACUGUUCCUCUGCUUCCAACAUAUUUAUGGGUGAAACUGUACACAAUAACACAUUAACCUGUACAGUACCCAGAGGACGUCUGUUUAACAGCAGGACAUUGGGGUUCAUCGUGGCUGGUGUUUUUGCCAUUGACGAAGUGUAAAGUACUUGAUGGGUGUGCUAACUAACUGCUUUAGGAUUUGCAGAAGCCAAGCAAACUAACCAAGCACUGGCCACUGCCUAAAAUAUGUAAACAUCAACAAAAUCCAAAACACUAAUUCUUUCAAAUGGUUAAUGCUAUCUGAUAGUCACUAACAAAAGCCUCCUUCAGUCAUGAGCCAAUCCUAGAGUUAUUGAAAUUUCUAUAAAGCUCUGUGAAUCCUGUAUAUGGAUGAUGCAUCAAAAGGUUUAUUGCUUUUUUAAACAUUUUAAUGGAAAUGUGCUCCUGUGUUCAGAAGUCACGAGAGGUAUGUGCAUGAAAUCUUAACACAAUUUUUGGGUGACUGCGUUGGAAGAAGAAUUAGUAUGUUUUUUUUUCCAUAGCUACAUUUGUCUGCAGUGCAGUUGGAAAGGUGUGUAGAUUUGGGGGUUUGAAUAACUCUUUUUACACAUCUGUUGGAAGUGUUAUCAAUAAAUAUAUUUGCAAAAAAAUCAAGUGUAUAUGUUCAGUGAGGCUGACCUCAAAAACACUCUAAAAAUGUAGAUUAUCCUUUGAAUUACAUCAUUUAAUUUUUACUGACAUACGGUGAAGCCAUGAUCUUAAGAAAGACAACUUUAGAAAACAAGCUCUGACAAAUAACUCAAAUAAGUUAUCGUACCAUCAUUUCCCCAGAGCGUUCAACCACACUGUACAGCUUUCAACAGUGGAUAGUGCUCGUUCAGUUGGCACUUGAUGGUUAAUUUGCUCAUGCUAAAAGACUCACCACUAAUACAGAUCAUUACAUUUAAUCAGAAAGCUCCAAACUCAUGCACUUCAAAAAAAAAAAGAAAAUGUGAUCUUACAGGACUUCAGAAACUUUAUGCUUUUCAAAAUAUGAGCCAGUCAAGCUGUAUCCACACAGAUAGCAGAGGCCAUUGUUGUGAGUCAUUUGAAUUACAUUUCUCUGAGUUGCCUUUUCUUCUGUAUGAUGUGUUGUAGUCUUCACUGAUGCUUUUGUAAGCCAGUAUCAAGACUCAAACGGCUUUUGUGAAACUGUUGAAUGAAUCAGUAAGUGAACUGAGGCCAUGUCACACAGCUAAAUAAAAAUGCUGUCACAGAAA